AUGUCUCCUUUAAACAUUGGUGUUGUCGGUACUGGUAUAUUUGCUAGAGACGGCCAUUUACCUGUCUUCCAAGAUCAUCCUGACAAGUUCAAAGUUGUUGCUGCUUUCAACAGCACAAAGUCCAAAGCAUUAGACUUUGCUAAACUUGCUGAGUUCCCAGAAGAAAAAGUCUUCGAUGAUAUGGAUUCCUUGAUCAACGACAAGGACGUCGACUAUGUAGAUGUGUUGUUACCUGCUCAAUUCAACUUGGAUGCUGUUAAGAAAUGUGUCGCUGCUGGUAAACCAGUCCAAAUUGAAAAACCUAUUGCUGCUAAUAUGAAACAAGCUAGAGAAUUGGUUGAAGUCGCUGAAUCUACUGAUUUACCAAUUGCUAUCUCUGAAAAUUGGUCGUUCUUACAAGCUAUCAAUGUCGCAAGAGAACAUUUGCCACGUAUUGGUGAAGUUGUUGGUUUCCAACAUAAUUCCACAGGUCCAUUUGUUUUAAAUAACAAAUAUAUGGCUACUUCUUGGAGACAACAUCCAGAACAUAUCGGUGGAUUUUUAUCUGAUGGUGGUGUUCAUCAAUUAGCUUUGGUUACAGCUUUAGUAGGUGAAAUUGAAUCUAUUUCUGCUUUAACUAGUCAAGUCCGUGAGGCUUCAGGUGAUGAUGAUAUCGUAUUCUCCACGCUUAAGAUUAGAAACUCAAAAUGUAUUGGUUCCUUCAGUUAUGGGUCUGCCUUCGGUGCUACUGACAAAUGGAUCUAUUUGAAGAUCUAUGGUGUCAAUGGUUCCAUCAUGAUUGAACUAAAUAACAAGGCUGCCCCAAUUGUUAGAGUUAAGGUCGGUAGCGACGCAGAACAUUCUGGUGAAGAAGAAGUCUACAACGUUAAGGAAGAUAAAUCCUUCGGUAUUUACGAGGAGUUCACGAAUUUCCAUGAUGCUGUAGCUAAGAAGGAUAAGUCUCUAUUGAUUUCUUCUCCAAGGGCUGCAUUCCAUCAUUUGGCUUGUGUUGCAGCUUUCAUUGAAUCUUCUGCUAAAAAGGGUGAUCAUGUUGAAGUUGAAAGAUAUUAA